AUGACUGAACCAACGAAUCCUGCGAAAACCGGCGCAGAGAAAGACGACGGACUCGGGAAAUAUAUGAAGAGGGUGAAGACCGUGUUGAAGGGUCGGAAUCGAGCAUCUGUCUCGAGCAUGACCGACAUCAUUGGUGAAUCCAGCAAGUCUGGAGAAAAAGCGACAGUUACUUCGUCCAGCAACAAACCAGCCGUCACCAGUGCGAGGAAGACUGCGACGUCAGAACCCGUCCAGGUUCACCAAUGGAGCACUCUCCAACAAGAGAAAGCGCGUGUUUUGUUCGCCAAGUACGGAUUGACGUUGGAGCCAGGUGAAUGGAUGUCGAAGCCCGCAGACAGGAACGUGCAGCGGGUUGAGAAACCAGUUCGUAUGAGAAUUCGACGCAACUGUCAUCGCUGCCUCACCACAUUUGGCGCGGACAAAGUGUGCGCUGGCUGCCAACACUUGCGAUGCAAGAAAUGCUUCCGCUAUCCACCUGCGAAACCCAAAGAUGAAUGCCAUGAGAAGGACAAGUCCAAGGCUACGGGUUCGUCCAAGAAGCCUGUUCUUACGAUUCCUUCACGCACGGGAGGUCAAGAUCUCGUGCGGAAGCCGAUCAGACAGCGAGUGCGUCGCACCUGUCAUCGGUGCCAGGCCCUGUUCGUUGGCGAUGCAACCGUGUGCGGAGAAUGCGAGCACAUUCGGUGCAAGAAGUGUCCUCGAGAUCCACCGAAACUGAAGAAAUAUCCUGACGGUUACCCUGGGGAUGUAGAUCCACCUUUUGAGCACUGA